CGAUAAUCAAAGACAUUUCGCGAAAAAACGUGGUACGGUAACCAAGAGUGUGUCGCUUCUUAACGUCAUCGUGAAACAUUUAACGUGGUAUUCGUGAUACGGUAAUUAGUUUUACGUGUAGUUUUGAGCAGGAUGUCGAAAAACGAGGAGAAAUUCGACGGAAUGCUGCUGGCUAUGGGUCAGCAACACGAAGGCGGUGUACAAGAACUUCUCGACACUGUCUUUAGUUUUCUCGCGAGGAAAACGGAUUUCUAUACGGGAGGAGGCGAGGGAGCUGCGGAAAAACUUGUCACUAGUAAAUUUAAAAAACACCAAGCUACUGCUUUCGCUGCCACUGAAAAAGCAGAGCGCGCAAAACAAGAGAGGCGUCGUAAAGAGAAGCUCGAAAAGAUGAAAAGAGAGAAGAAGGCGGAGGAGGAGAAAAUGAAUUCCGAGUCGAAAAUUGUCGAACUGACAGACGAACAGGCUGCUAAAUUACAAGAGGAAAUAGAUAAUAAAAAGAAAGCAGCGAAAGAACCGCCUGCCGUACCUGGGCCUAGUGGCGAUAAUGCAGAUAGCAUCGGAAAGGAAGAUAACAUAGAAGAGGAGGAAGAAGACGAAAAGGAAAAAAACAAACUCAGGCCUAACAGUGGAAACGGUGCAGAUUUACCCAACUAUAGAUGGACACAGACGCUUCAGGAUUUGGAGAUUAGAGUGCCGUUGAAAGUAAAUUUCUCGGUUAGACCUAAAGACGUUUCGGUGUCGAUCACGAAAAAGCACCUGACUCUCGGUAUAAAAGGUCAACCACCGAUAAUCGACGACGAUUUUCCGCACGAGGUCAAAGUCGAAGAAUCCACCUGGGUUAUCGAAGACGGCAAAGUGAUGCUGCUUAACUUGGAAAAGGUAAACAAAAUGCAAUGGUGGGCGCACAUAGUAACUAGCGAUCCAGAAAUCAGCACGAAAAAAGUGAACCCGGAACCCAGCAAACUGUCCGAUCUGGACGGUGAAACCAGAGGUCUCGUGGAGAAAAUGAUGUACGAUCAGAGACAAAAAGAGCUAGGCCUGCCAACUUCCGACGAGCAAAAGAAGCAGGAUGUGAUUAAAAAAUUUAUGGAACAGCAUCCUGAAAUGGACUUUUCGAAAUGCAAGUUCAACUGAUUGUGAGACGGUUCGCGAUCCAACGGAAGUGUUAAGGGUGUU